GGUGGCGGCGGUGGUCGUGGCCGCUGGCCGGGUGUCGUGGCCGCCGUGUUGGGCCCCGAGUGUGUGGACCAGGCUGCCGGGUGCUUGGCGGCGGCGGCGGCGGCGGCGGCGGCGGCGCACGGCGCGUGCGGGCGUGGAGCAGUAAGCUGCGCGCCGAGCGGCCUCGGCGGGUCGGGAGCCAGUGCAGCGGCCGGGGACAGUGCAGUGUUGGCCGCCAGCUCGCCCGGCGCGUACCAUGCAGAGCAGUGGCCUGGUCCUCUGGCUCUUGGCUGUGGCGUGCGCGUGUGAUCCGUGCCUCGCGUCCCCCAGUGGCCACCAGCGCUCCCGCCAGACCCUGCUCACCCUGGUGCGGCGGGCCAGGGCCCUCACCUCCCACCCGCCCGCCCCGCACUCGCCGCAGAUACCCGCGCUGCCCGCCGAGGCUCUGCUAGAGUUCUCCCGCCCCUUCCGCCUGCAGCAUGUGGCCCCCGACGUGCAGGGCGGCUUGCCCUUCCGCGGCCAGCAGGGGCAGCAGCCCGCCGAGCAGCAGCAGCAGCCGGCGCUGCCCGAAGACGCCGUGGAGGAGAUGGAGGAGGGGCGGCGAGCGUGGUCCAAGAGGGGGCCGCCCAGUGACGCCCCAGUGAGCGGCGGGGCGGGCGAGGGUCAGGAGGAGGCCGUGGCCGCCGGCCUCCAGCAGGUGGGAGCCUCCAUAGCCUCCAGCUACCUGCGGCACGCCCGCUCCGGCCCGCGGCCCUACGACGUCCCCCGCAUCGAUUGCCCCGCCGCCGAGGACCAGAUGGAGCGGUUCCCCUGCCCCUCGCCAGACCGCAUGGGCCGCUACCGCUGUAUCGAUGACCACGUGCUGUGCGACGGAUUCAUUGACUGUCCCGACGGCGAGGAUGAGGACAGGCAGCAGUGCAUGUUUUAUAAGACGACAAAAGCACAUCUGGACGUACUAGCAGACGCCAUUAUCAGGUGGGCGAGGGGUGGAAAGUGAUCUCGGAGGGCAGCCCCCCCACCACCACCCACAGCCCCACCCCCCCGCCCCCCACCAGCCCUCUAACGCAAUAGCACCCCGUCGCCCCGCCUCCGUCCCGUCCUUGUUGAGGGGGGGACUAAAAGAGAAAGAAAACGGGAGAGUAGAAGAGAAAAUGGGAUAUGGUUGCCUCCUCGCGCGCGCCUACGACUACAUCUUUACUUUGGUCUCUAAAUAAUGAAGGUGAUGAUGGUGAUGGGAAGAAGAUGGGAAGCUUUCUGACGCCUAUGACAACAUUCUUACACUAUACUCUUUGAUGAUGAAGAUGAUGCUGGUGAUGGUGAAAGAAGAUGGGAAGCUUUCUCAAGCCUAUGACAACAUCCUUACACUAUAUUCUUUAAUGAUGAUGGUGAAGGUGAUGAUGGUGAUGGAAAAAGAUGGAUAGCUAUCUCACGCCUAUGACAACAUCCUUACACUAUACUCUUUGAUGAUGAAGAUGAUGAUGGUGAUGGUGAAAGAAGAUGGGUAGCUUUCUCACGCCUAUGGCAACAUCCUUACACUAUACUCCUUGAUGGUGAUGAUGGUGAUGGUGAAAGAAGAUGGGUAGAAUUCUCAAACCCACUACAACAUCCUUUCACUAUUCUCUUAAAUGAUGGUGAGGAGGAGGAGGAAAAAACAUCACAGAAAAACGAAAAUAUUAGAGAAAAACAAAAAAUAAAUAAAACCAAAAGAAAAGUUAUCGAAUCUAAGAACUAAAAAAUAGAAAAUGAAAAAGAAAAGACGUACAGAAGAAAUAUUAAGAAUUAGAAGAGAGAAAAUACAGAAAAACGUGAAAAUAAUAAAAAAAGGGAAGUAGAGCAAAUGAAGAUAAGGAUACAGCAAGAUAACGUACGAAGAUAAAGAUAAGAUAAAGAUACCUGCAGAAAGAUAAUAAGAAAUACACUUCAAGAAACACUCCCAGCAUCAAGAUAUCCACCCUAAAACACCCUACAGCUAGAAAUGACGAUAGAGAAAAAUACCAAGAAUAAAUAAAGAUACGAAUGAAGAUAAACAUACACCCAUAAGGAUACCAAGAAAUACACUCCAAAAUUCACUCCCAAAAUCAAGAUAUCCACCCUGAACACCCCACAGCUAACACUGAAGAUAAAGAUAGAGGAUGAUAGCAAAAACAACAGCGAGACAGCAAGAAACACACACUUAAGAUACACUCCCAGAAUCAAGAUGGAAUAUAUAACAAAAGAAGAAUUGGUUUGAAACUUCGCCGGAAAAUUGGUUAUAAUGUAGAACCCGCCAGAAAACAAAAGAAUAACUGAUUGUAAACGGAGAAGAAGAUGAACACCCUCACGAACGCCUGGAAUAUAUAACAAAAGAAGAACUGGUUUGAAUCUUCGCCGGAAAAUUAGUUGUGAUGUAAAACCCGCCAGGAAACAAAAGAGUAACUAUGAUUUUCGGCUUCUGGGAGGGUAAGAAUAGCUGAUUGUAUACGGAGAAGAAAGAUGAACACCAUUACCUUCGUCUGAAAGAAAUAACAAAAAACAUCAUUUGAAACCCCGCUGGAAAACAAAAGAAUAACGAUGAUUUUCAGCUUCUAAGAGGGUAAGAAAAAGUGAUUGUACACGGAAGAGAAAAAAGAUGAACUCCCUUACUUUCGUCUAAAAGAAAUAACAAAAAAACAAACAUCAUUUGAAACCCCGCUGGAAAACAAAAGAAUAACUAUGAUUUCCACCUUCUGAGAGCACAAGAAUAGCUGAUUGUAAACUCCACUUAGAAAAACAAAAGAAGAAUGGCCAGUUUUAAACACCCGAUGGAAAAAAACAAAAGAAGAGUUGAUUUUAGAACUGCUGAAACUAGAGAAAUAAUGAAAUCCAAGGAGUAGAAAAAGAGAUACACAAAAAGAACGAGAAUAUUAAAGAAAAGAAAACAAGAAUAAUUAAAUACCUUAUAGAAGAGGCAUGCAGUUCAAAAAGCGAGAACAGGAAACAACAACAACAACAACAACAACAACAACAACAACAACAACAACAACAAUGACAACAACAACAA